UAAAAAGAGACGCCGCUUCCAUAAGGUCAGAGAAAGAGAGGACACUUGUCUCUUGCGGACGGAUGGAUGAGUGGGGGAGUCAUUUGCAUCAUCAAAGUGCCUCUUCUAACUGACAUUGAAAUUUGCUUUGCUUUUGCAUCAAAAACUGGUUGGAAGAAAUAGAAGAAAAAGGAGAGCAAUUUAGUACCACGUAAAAAAAAAAAGAGAAGAAAACGAGUUUCCGAUGAUGCAACGGGUUCCAUCCGGUUUUGUUCCGCCUUUCUUUCUAGUUAAAUUAACCCAUAUAACAGGACGUCCAUUUUGUAUUCCGGCAGCCGAAAAAAAAACAAAAAAAACAACAGGAAAUGGAAAGAAAUAAAAAUCAGCGUCAUAUACGCCGUCGUACACACCGCAAUAUAAAGUUUGGCCUACAUUUUCACCUAACCGUGGCUGCGUAUGGCGUCAUCAUUCGGCAUAUGUUUCCUUUCUCCUCAACUACAUAGAAAAGGCCCAGAAAGUAGGCCGUGAGAAAGUCGAGCCUUUGGCGGCUGUGACCUGUGAAAUGCAACAAACGGAAAAAAUUGCAAUAAAAAAUGGACAGCAAGACGAUAUGAAAUGUCUUUCCUUUAAUCCCCUUCUUCCGUCCAAAGAUUAUUUUUGUAAAACAAAAUUUUGAUCUAUGGCGAUCGAUACUCCACAGAUAUUGCACAGCCGUGUGUGUACCGUCUUGAUUUAUUUCACUACGUGCGUCCCUCCUAUAUGGCAAGUACAAAACUAAGAAUCGACUUAUUUUCUUCGAGAGGGGAAGAAUAAAACGAAAUAAAAAUAAUAAAAAGGUCUACCGCGCAAAGGACGUAACCGAAGAAGAGAGCGGACAACACAGAGACGUUUUCUACUUGUAUUGUAAAAAAUAAAUAAGAUCGGAGGGUUGACAUUGCACCCUCCUCCAUCAGCAAAAAAGAAGAAGAAGAAAAAAAAACAUACUGUGACCUGGAACCUUUUUUUUUUCAGCCCUCCUUUCCAUAUGGAAAGAAAAGUUUUUUUUUUUUUUUUACAACAUCAUCUUAAAGAACCUCCCUCUUCACCCUGUUAUUGCCGAAGAAAAAAAAAGGCCGGUGUCAGCGAGGGUUUGGAGGGUGGAACCACCCGAGAUGGUUUGUUACAAAAGGAGCCAUCCACCCGUUGAUUGGCGUUCAGUUGCACAAGUGAAGCGAUCGAAGAGAGACCCUUACCACUUGGCUCUUUUUUUUUUUUUUGAAUUCCGUUCAAACUUUUUCAGUUUUGGUUUUUAGUUUUUUGGGGGGGGAUUUUAAGUUUUUAUUUGGUUUUUGUUGUUUGUUUUUUUCGGCUGGAAAUUGAAGAAGAAAAGGAACAAAAUGGGAGGAUCGGGAAUUCCGCAACAACAGUAUUGCCUGCGUUGGAAUCAACAUCGAUCAAAUUUGUUAGGCGCUUUUGAUCAAUUGCUACAAACGGAAGCGUUGACGGAUGUGACCCUGUCGUGUGGAGGUGCUUCCAUCAAGUGUCACCGCAUCAUCUUGGCCGCCUGUUCGGGCUAUUUUCAAUCGCUCUUCGUCAACGACAGCGUCUACCUGGCCUCUCCGCAACAGCAUCCGAUCGUCGUCUUCAAAGACAUUCAAUUGUCCGAAUUGAAGGCCAUCCUCGAGUUCAUCUACCGGGGCGAGGUGAGCGUCGCCCAGGAGCAGGUCGGCGCCCUACUCAAGGCUGCGGAAUCCCUUAAAGUUAAAGGACUGUAUUCGGAGGAUGGAGCCGGAAGUCCUGCCGGAUUGUCGGGGCUCAGUUUCGAACCGAUUUCUGGCCACACAGCUGAUUCCGGAUUCCUCCCGCAAUUGCGUACGUCGACGCAAACGACUGCACCUGUCCAGCCUCCGCCUGCCCAGCAUCUGCCGGCCAGUCUUCUUCAAAUGCCCUUGUUCAAACGUUCACCUGCCAAGACCCCCGAGAGAACCAAUAGCAGUUUAGAUAAGGAACGGGAUGGAUCAUCCAGUUCCGAAACCAAUCCGCCUGAAGAUGAUCGUGACGAGCCCAUGGUGACGGAUAGAAUGAAAUCCAGCCGCUCUCCAGUCUUUGAUCACGUCAAAGAUUUGGCGCCAGCGUCUUCACUAUCUUCCUAUCACGGCGAAAACGGCAAAAACAAUGGCAACAGCAAUCGACCGGAAUUGAAACGCUACCGACAGUACACUCGGCACGAUAUUGCCGCCGCCAUCGAGGCCGUCCGUAGCGGCCAGAGUGCCCUGCAGGCAUCGCGGCUCUACGGCGUUCCAUCCCGUACUCUCUACGAUAAGGUGAAGAAAUUGGGAAUCGUGACUGGACGGCCCUACCGCCAAUCCAUCGCCGUUGCCGUGUCGUUAGCUCAAGGCGGAAAUCUUUCGUCGGUUUCGGCCGGAUCUCCUGGCUCUCGCGUCAAUGGCGGAGUUGGUGGCAAUGCGGUCGACGAUGACUCGAUGGAUGUACAUCACCACUUGCAUCAUCACAGCAACGGCCAUUUUAGGCGGCUACCCAACAGUCUGGAAGAAUUGAGCCUUUAUUUUGCCGCUUCUCCGGCUGCGGCGGCUGCAGCCGCUGCCGAACUGGCCCUCAGCCAACACGUCCACGCGGCCCAAACAGCCCGCGGCGCUGUUAUCCCUCCGUCGACGACGGACGAAGAUGACAAUAACAGUAACGGUGCAGUGAUUCAUCCAGCGCCCAUCGAUUUGUCACAAAACUACGAGCGGAUGAUGCGCAUAGCAGGCGGCGACGUGGAUCAGACCCAGACGAGAGAUGUGGUCGCGGUAGACACGUCCAAUAAAACCACCGAACUGAUGGUCGAAAAAAGCGCCUGAAACGCCAUCUCUUGUUGGUCUCAUCUUUUGAUUUUUAUUUUUUUAUUUGAUUUUAUUUUUACGGAAAUGACAACAAUUUCUCACACUUGUAUACGAAAAAUAAGACGAAAACGAGAUGCGUUCAAGUCAGGAAGAUUUUUUUUUUUUUUUUUUUUAA